AAUCAAUAAUGACAUUAAUUAAUCUGAUAUUUGAUUGAUCUUUGUAUUUCAACUUUGCUACUAAUUUCUAAUUAUUAUUCAAUUUGUAAAAAAAAAUUCGAUUCGAAAUGAUGAAACCUACAAUCGAAGAAUCUACAAAUAUGACAGCCAUCGCUACCUCCACAUUCACCACCACCAACACCAUGACCACCACCAAUAAUAUUCCAAAGAUAAUGGUAUUUCGACCGACUUUGGAUGAAAUGAAAGAUUUUUCCAAAUAUUUAGAAUAUAUGGAAUCAAAAGGUGCACAUCAUGGUGGUCUUGCAAAGAUUAUUCCACCACCUGAAUGGAUACCACGAAAAUCUGGAUAUGAUAAUAUCAAUGUACAGAUAAAAUGUCCAAUAAAACAAGUGGUCAGUGGUAGUCAAGGAUAUUAUCAACAAUUCAAUAUAUCAAGUCGUUCGAUAAGUUUUCGUGAUUUUCAAAAACUUGCAAAUUCACCCGAUUAUCGUACACCGGAUUUUUUUGAUUAUGAUGAUCUGGAACGUAAAUAUUGGAAAAAUAUUACUUAUAAUUCGGCAAUUUAUGGUGCCGAUGUUCCUGGAUCAUUAACCGAUAAUGAUUGUAAAGAAUUUAAUAUCAAUAAUUUGAAUACAAUUUUGGAUCUUAUUAAUGAUAGUUAUGGUAUAAAAAUUAUGGGUGUUAAUACUGCAUAUCUUUAUUUUGGUAUGUGGAAAUCAUCAUUCGCAUGGCAUACUGAAGAUAUGGAUCUUUAUAGUAUUAAUUAUCUACAUUUUGGUGCACCAAAAUCCUGGUAUUGUGUACCACCGGAAUUUGGGAAAAAAUUGGAAAAACUUGCCAACGAAUUAUUCAUGUCACAAUAUCAAGAAUGUCCGGCAUUUUUACGUCAUAAAAUGACAAUAAUUUCACCACAAAUCCUACGAAAAUAUUCAAUACCAUAUAAUAAAAUAACACAGGAAAAAGGUGAAUUUAUGAUUACAUUUCCAUAUUCAUAUCAUGCUGGUUAUAAUCAUGGUUUGAAUUGUGCUGAAUCGACAAAUUUUGCUUUACCACGAUGGAUUGAAUAUGGAAAACGUGCAACAAUCUGCCAUUGUCGUGCCGAUACGGUAAAAAUUAAUAUGGAUGUUUUUGUUAAAAUAUUUCAAUCCGAACGUUAUGAUAAUUGGUUGGAAGGUAAAGAUAUUGGACCGGAUCCAAAAGAUCCGACAAACGUUUGUGCCGCUCCAUCACCAUAUUAUCUUGAAAGUGAUUAUAGUUCGAAAAUAAAACCAAAACGACAACCAUCAUAUAAACGGCAACUGAUACAACAGAAUAAAAAUACCCUAAAUCAAUUAUUGGUUGAAGAAGAAUAUUGUCCAGAAGAUUUUGAAUGUGAAGAUAAUGAUGAUUCACCGGAUUAUUGUUAUUAUAAUGAAAAUUAUCGUAAUGGUGAAAAAAAUUUUAAAUCAAGAAGAAAAAAAUCUAAAUGUACAACAACAACAGCGAAUAAUGAUAAAAAUCUUAAUGAUUGUACAAGCAAUAAUAAUAAUAAUAUGGCAAAAAUGAAUAAUGGUUGUGAUCAUAAUAAUGAAUCAACAACAACAAUGAAUAAUGGCAAUAAUCAGAAUAAUAAUAAAUUAAUAACAUAUGAUUUGGAUAAUUUUCAUUUGAAUGAGGCUAUAACAUCAUUAGAUCAACUAUCUAAACGUACUAUACAAUAUACUGAUAAUCCACAAGCAUUUUAUGAUGAAAUUAAUUUAAAUUAUUUUUCAUCAUUAAUCGAUCCAUUUUGUUCAAUUUGUAUAUUAUUACGUUCAUUUGAAUUUUUACAACAAGAUUUAACAAAAAUUAGUACAAAUCAUCUUCAUCCACCAUUACAUAGUCGUAUUUUGAUACCAAAAUUAUUAUUUAAUUUAAAAAUUAAAACCAAUUCAGAUGGCGAUGAUGAUCAAUCAAAUGUGAUUAAUAACAAUAACAAUGAUAAUGAUGAUCAUAAUCAACAAUCAAAUUUAUUGAUUUGUUCAUCAUGUAAAUUAUGUGUUCAUUUUUCUUGUUAUGGCGUUGAACAAAUCCCAGAUAAUCCACGUGAAUGGCAAUGUGAUCGUUGUCAAUCAGGUGAUUAUGAUGCUGCAUGUUGUCUUUGUCCAUUACGUGGUGGUCCAUUAAAACAAACUUUAUGUAAACAAUGGGCACAUUUAACUUGUUCAUUAGUUAUAACAAAUAUUAAAUUUGAUAAACGUAUUGUUUGGAAACCGAUUGAUAUUAGUAUUACAUGUUGUUUUUGUUCACAAAAAUCGAAUGGUGGUAAUAUUUCCAAUUAUAUAAUGGGAUUAUGUGUACGAUGUUCAAAUCAACAAUGUAUGGAAUAUUUUCAUGUAACCUGUGCUCAUCGUGAAGGCGUUCAAUUUGAAUUGAAUGAUAAUCUGACAUCAUUUCGUUUGAUUUGUAAAAAAUGUCAAUUGAAUAAAUUUUAUCGAAACUCAUCAACUAUUACUAGCAACAACAACAACAACCAUAUCAAUCAACAACAACAACAACAAAAUGAAAAUUUAGAAUUAGAUCAAAUGGUUAUUGCACGUUAUUCACCAAAUUGUUAUUCAUAUGCACGGAUUAUUGAACAUUUUGAUGAAAUGAUGCAUCAUGUACAAUUUGUUGAUAAUACAUUUGUUAAUAAUAUUCAUUCGGCUGAUAUUUUGAAUCGUGAUUGUGAAAAAGAUCGUCCAAUGAUUGGUGAUCCAAUCGAAGUAAUAUGGAAUCGUGAACAAUUACAUGGAAAAUAUGCUGGUUGUCAUAUAACAAAAAUGUAUCGUAUUGAAUUUGAUAAUGGCCAACAAACAUCAUUUAAACGUGAAGAUUUAUAUAAAUUAAAUGAUGAUAUACCGAAACGUGUUCAGGUUCGAAUUACUGAUAAUCUUGAUUAGCGAUAUUGAUUACUAUACUCGAUUUAUAUUAACUACAAUCAAACAAACCACACACACUUUAAUAUUAUCAAAAUUUUUUUUAUUUAUGUCGGUGUAAAUAUUAUAUCAUCACCAUCACCACCAUUAUUAUUAUCAUUAUUAUUAUUAUCGAUAGCAA